ACUGUGAUCUUUUUUACGGAAGAAAAAGGGGUGAAAGAGUCGGGGGGGAGCUCAAAAUUGAACUAUCUUUUGAUUGGGCUUCCCAUUGUGCGAGACGGCGCUACACACGCGCUGAGCUGCACUGCCCCCCAACUGCACUGGCAGAAAGUGAGCUCGAGCGCAGAGGUGCCCGUCCGAAAGAGAGACGGUGAUUACAGUCGUACAGUAUCAUCUCACAAUGCUACAGGAAACGCUAAAGGAAUAAGAUUCACUUCAUGUAUUUUUUAUUUUGUGUGUUUUUGCAUUCUCAGAUGACCCUGUGCAACACUUUAUUUCGCUUGUGUUGAGCUUCUGUAGUUAUUCGUUAGUUAGUGUUUUUUCAGUCAUUGGACGGACAGCACAGGUGAAGAUGGCGAGGGGACCGCUGGUAGGAAUAACCUUCCACGCCGGUGACAGUUCUGCGCGCAUCGUUUUGUUAGUGUGGUCGCUCGUUUGCGUAGUUUCUGCUCAGGAGCUUCCUACCAGUGGAGUGAACGGAUUCAGCUUGCAUCCACCGUAUUUCAACUUGGCAGAGGGCACAAAAAUCACGGCAACUGCAACCUGUGGGGAGGACGAGAAUGGGCGUACAAUUCAGGACUUAUACUGCAAGCUUGUGGGGGGGCCUGUAUCGGGAGACCCGAGCCAGACUAUUCAGGGCCAGUACUGUGACACCUGCACCAUGGGUGACAGCAACAGGGCGCACCCCAUCACCAACGCCAUCGAUGGGACAGAGCGGUGGUGGCAGAGCCCGCCCCUCUCCCGCAGCGUGGGGUACAAUGAGGUCAACGUCACCCUAGAUUUAGGGCAGCUCUUCCACGUGGCCUACGUCCUCAUCAAGUUUGCGAAUUCCCCCAGACCUGACCUGUGGGUGCUGGAGCGGUCUAUCGACUUUGGGGAAACCUAUCAGCCCUGGCAGUUUUUUGCCUCAUCAAAAAGAGACUGCAUUGAACGCUUUGGCCAAAGCACAAUUGAGCGUAUCAACAAAGACAAUGAUGUCAUCUGCACAACAGAGUAUUCCCGCAUUGUUCCCCUGGAAAACGGAGAGAUUGUAGUUUCCCUGGUGAACGGGCGUCCAGGAGCCAUGAAUUUCUCCUAUUCCCCCGUGCUGAGGGACUUCACCAAGGCCACUAACAUCCGCCUGCGUUUCCUUCGCACCAACACCCUGCUGGGUCACCUGAUGGGCAAAGCACUCAGAGACCCCACAGUCACGCGCAGGUAUUACUACAGCAUCAAGGACAUCAGCAUUGGUGGACGGUGUGUGUGCAAUGGACACGCUGAGGCCUGCAAUGCUAAGGAUCCCAAUGACCCUUACAAGUGAGACCCAACACACCUUU